GGUAGCGGUCUAAACAAAAUUGCAGUCAGCAUAAGGAUUUUCGUUUAUGUUGUUCCACAAAUCAGCGGUGGUUGAUUGAUACGCGCACGAUUGCGUGAUUUAACGUUGAAAAUGACGAAUUCGAGAAUCCUUGUUUUAAACGAGAAACCCGUGAAUUUUACACUCUUUUGUGUCAGAUGGAUCCCGAGCAGUGCUCGACUAGUUGUUUUAGGUUCCCAUCCAAGGGGAACAGGAGUGUGGCAAAUAUAUAACCUUUGCAAAGGAGUACCUGAGCUUAUUACUGAAGUUGAAAAACCUUUUGCCUUGAAAUGUGGAACUUUUGCAGCAUCGUCAUUUGAAAACCGGUUAAUGGCCACUGGAGAUUUUAAUGGGAAUCUGAAUCUUUGGGACUUGGAGAAACCAAACACUGCAGUUUACUCAGCUAGUGCUCACACUUCAAUCAUUAAUCAUAUUGAUGGAGUCGGUGGUGUCAAUGUUGGAAAGGGAGCAGCUGAAUUAGCUACCUGCAGUAGGGAUGGUUGUGUUAAAAUUUGGGAUGUACGCCAAAAGGAUCGUCCAGUCGCGAUUCUUGAGCCCGAAGAAGGUCAAACCCGGCGUGAUUGCUGGACCGUAGCCUUCGGGAGUGCAUAUAAUGCUUCAGAAAGGCUUUUGGCCGCUGGAUUUGAUAAUGGUGAUUUAAAAAUCUUUGACCUGAAGACAAUGAAAGUUCAGUGGGAAACCAAUGUUGGAAAUGGCAUAUGUAGCAUAGAAUUCGACCGUAAAGAUAUCGAACCGAACAAGUUGAAUGUCUGUACUUUGGAUUCUCGAAUUUUUGUCUUUGAUUUGACCACCAAGCAUCCUACUAAAGGCUACGCUUUUACUCGACAAAAAGCUCAUAAAUCUACAGUUUGGAGUGGUAACCAUUUGCCUCAGAACCGCGAUGUCUUUAUGACUUCUGGCGGGAAUGGAUCGCUUUGUUUAUGGCAAUAUGAAUACCCGUCAAAAAGGAGCGCUAAGGCGUCUGAUGGUGCCCUUGAGGGUAUUGCUGGUAACCUGAAGCUGAUUCAUGAAGUUGGAGUAGCUGAGCAACCUAUAACGUCUUUUAGUUGGAAUGCCGAUAAACUGGGUUUGGCAGCCAGCACGAGCUUCGACCAGACUUUGCGAAUCCUUGCAGUCACAAAACUUAACUGCCUUUGAUUUGCUCAAAGCCCUAAUUCACAAUUUGCAGUUGUCUGGAAUUCAUUCAUUCUGGAAUUCAGGUGUAUGAAACGUCUUGUCAUUUGGAGGUAAUCUCUGAACAUUUCGAAAAUUUUUGUGAAACAAACCUAACAAUGAUCAUGGACAUUGGUACAUAUGGUUUCCAUCCUGUUUGUAAUUGGGAAGCUGUAGAAGUCAUUUACUGAUCAGGCUUCAUGAUGUUUAAUCUUAUUAUGUUUUUCUUUAUAUUUAUGAGUUUAAAACGGGCUGGCCAUUUUCUGCCAAAAAUGAUUUGCAAUAAAACCAAUAAAACAUC